AUGAGUGCCAUCGACGAUCAUUCUAUUGACGACGAAUCCUUGGAUAACACUACUGUUACUGAAGGUUCAAGCACCUCAAGUACUACCGAUUCUUUUGGAACGGUUCGCCAGGAUCCUACUGAUCCUCUGUCUUCUGACAAUUCUAAAAAUCAAUCAUCUUCAACUAUGGCCGAAAAUGCCGAAUCCCGAGUCUUUGGUGAUUCUAUUCAAAAAUUGGAUUCAGUAAACAAAGUUAGAACGCGCAACCAUCUUACUGCUCCAACCGAUGCUUGCGAAAUUAUCUAUGACCCAUUUAAAUGUUGGAGUUUUCUUAAGUCGUAUCAUAAUCGAAUUUCAGAAGAUAAAUUAGAAGCCGUGACCAAGGCUCUUUACUCUUGUCAAAUUUCCAAGUCCGAUUCUCUCACUUCUUUCGUCGAUAAAUUCGAAAAUCUUAUUCGAGAGUUCUAUCGCCUCAAGGGUGAACUAUCUGACAUUCAGUCCGCCCGAAUGCUGCUUGGGGCAAUUCCCUCUUUGUCAAUCGAAACAAAGGAGUACAUCCACAACACUGUGACUCCUCUGACUCGUGAAGGCGUUGGUUCGUAUCUUUGGAAGUAUGAAGAAAGACACGGCUGGACUUGCUCUGCUAUUAAAGAAGUCAACUCGGUGUCAGUUCGUUCGACAAAGAAGACUUCAGGAGAGUGUGUCCAGAGGAAUGCUUCGGACCUCAUCUUGCUAAGAACUGUUGGUCCAAACCAGAAAAUGCGGACAAACGACUGGCUUUCCUCUCCAAAAUUAGAGGAAAAUCUGGAAGUAGUACUGUCAACACUUCGGCACACAAUUCUCAAACUGUCUCACCUUCAGUAA